CGUGUCGAGCAUUGGCGUGUGUGCGAUGAGAGAAGAGAGGAGAGGGACGCGGCUGCUGCCGCCGCUGCUGCUGCUCGCCGCGCUCGUCUGCGCGCACGCUCGCUCCGCGGUGGUGGGGUCGCCGCCGCGGCGCGCAUCGAGGGCGUCCGCCGCCGUGCUGCUGCAGCGCCAGCGUGGGCUGCACUUGCGAGGCGGGCAGAUGGCGGGCGAGCGCGGCGCGCCGCCCGAGGACGCGGCGUCGGGGUACGUGAUGGAGGUUGCGGACGAGCGCGCGGAGAUCGCCGACGUGGAGCGCAAGCGGAUGCCGCACGAGCUCGAGGUCGGCGACGUGGCGGGCGACAGCGCCGCCGACAGCAGCGAGUGCCUGGUUCACCCAGACAAGAUGGCGGCGCUCAACCUGAUGGCCGGCGACACGGUGCGUCUCAAGGGGAGGCGGUCGCGCGAGACCAUCUGCCUCGUGCGCGACGACGCUUCCGUGCCGGCCGACGCGGUUUGGGUGGCGGCGCAGGCGCGCUCCAACCUGCACGUCAAUGUGGGGGACCGAGUCAAGCUGUACGGGUGCGACUCGGUGGGCGAGGGGGCAAAGGUGACGCUGCAGCCGCUCUCGGACGCGAUGGCCGGCCUCUCCGCCGACGAGCUCCACGACCAGGUCCUCGCGCCGCACUUUGCGCCCGAGGGCGACGAGGCGGCGCCGUACCGUCCCGUGCACGAGGGGGACCGGAUCCGGGUGCGGCACGGGGCGCAGGUGGUGGAGGUGCUGGUGGUUGCGACGGAGCCGGAGCGGCGGUGCGUGGUCGCCCCCUCCACCGAGCUCGAGGUCCUCGACGAGCCGCUCGACCGCGCCGAGCUCGACGCGGAGGAGGACGAGGGCGGGUACGACGACAUCGGCGGCGUCGACAAGCAGCUCACCAAGAUCCGCGAGCUGGUGGAGCUGCCGAUGCGGCACCCGAAAGUGUUCACCAGCGUGGGCGUCAUGCCGCCGCGCGGCGUCCUCAUCCACGGCCCGCCCGGCUGCGGCAAGACCAUGAUCGCGCGCGCCGUCGCGGCCGAGACGGGCGCCGCCUGCUACCUGAUCAACGGGCCGCAGGUCAUGUCCAAGCAAGCGGGCGAGUCGGAGCAGAACCUGCGGGACGCCUUUGAAGAGGCCGAGAAGAAUGCGCCCGCCAUCAUCUUCAUCGACGAGAUCGACGCCAUCGCGCCGCGCCGCGACAAGACGCAGGGCGAGACGGAGAAGCGGCUCGUCUCGCAGCUCAUCACUCUGAUGGACAGCCUCAAGCCCUCGUCGCGCGUCGUCCUCAUGGCGGCCACCAACCGGCCCAACACCAUCGACCCGGCCCUCCGCCGCUUCGGCCGCUUCGACCUCGAGAUCAACAUUCCGGUGCCCGACGAGCAGGGCCGGCUCGACAUCCUCGCCAUCAAGUCCAAGGACCUGCGCCUCUCGCCGGAGAUCGACCUGCCCGCCCUCGCCGCCGACACGCAAGGCUACUGCGGCGCAGAUCUCUCGCAGGUCGUCUUUGAGGCGGCGAUGAUGUGCGUGCGCGAGCGCAUGCCCGAGAUCGACCUCGAGGCGGACACGCUGCCGCCCGCCCUCCUCGAGCAGCUCGUCGUGCAGCCGCGCCACGUCGAGCAGGCCCUGCCGGCCCUGUCGGUCACCAACCCGUCCACGCUGCGCGAGUCCGCCAUCGAGGUGCCAAACGUCUCGUGGAAGGACAUCGGCGGACUCGAGGGGGUGAAGCGCGAGCUGCGCGAGACGGUGCAGUACCCGGUGCAGUACGCGUCCAAGUUCGAGCACUUCGGGAUGGACCCCUCCAAGGGGGUGCUCUUCUACGGCCCGCCCGGCUGCGGCAAGACGCUGCUCGCAAAGGCGGUCGCCAACGAGUGCAAGGCCAACUUCAUCUCGGUCAAGGGGCCCGAGCUCCUCACGAUGUGGUUUGGCGAGUCGGAGGCGAACGUGCGCGAGCUCUUCGACAAGGCGCGGCAGGCGUCGCCCUGCGUCAUCUUCUUCGACGAGAUGGACUCGAUCGCUAAGGCGCGCGGCUCGGGCGGCGGCGGCGCCUCCGAGGCGGGCGACCGCGUCAUCAACCAGAUCCUGACCGAGAUCGACGGCGUCGGCGCGCGCAAGUCGGUCUUUGUGAUUGGCGCCACCAACCGGCCCGACAUCCUCGACCCCGCGAUCAUGCGCCCCGGCCGGCUGGACCAGCUCAUCUACAUCCCGAUGCCCGACUACGAGUCGCGCCUCUCCAUCCUGCGCGCGACGCUGCGCAAGGCGCGCGAGCCCACCUCGCCGCUCGCCGACGACGUCGACCUCGAGGGCCUCGCCAACUCGACCGAGCACUUCUCCGGCGCCGACCUGACCGAGAUCUGCCAGCGCGCGUGCAAGCUCGCCAUCCGGCACGAGAUUGACGAGCAGCAGGCUGCCGAGGCGGAGGCCGAGGCGGCGGGCAAGCCCCUGCCCGAGGUGCGCAGCGACGGGAUGCUCUCCGCAAAGCACUUUGCCGAGGCGAUGAAGAAUGCGCGCCGCUCCGUCUCCAAGGCCGAGCUCGCGCGCUACAACAAGUUCCGCAAGGACCAGGCCACCGACACAAAGAAGAAGGACGCGGCGCCGCUGGCGGAGGCGGCGGCGCCUGCAGAGCCGGCGGCGCCGGAGGCCAGCGACGAGGAGGCGGAGGACCUGUACGACUGAGGUGUCCGGCGGAGCGAUCGCUGCCGCUCGCAUACGGUUACCCCCGUUGGGGGUGGAAGGCUUGGAGGGCGGGGAGCAGGAGAGGGCCGUGCAUUCUGUACAGAGAGGGGCCGGACGCUUGCAGUCGCCCGGCCGGGGCACAUCUCUCAUCUGCAUCUUCCGCGUUCCGGCGCCUUGCGUGUCGUCAACUGCGGAUUCGCGUGUUCGCGCCGCGGUCGGGCACGGGGGUCGCCGUCGCGUAGAGCGACUCGCGUGUGCACAUGAGAGGAGAGCCGUAUCAAAGAGAGCGCGGGCACAUCUCUUGCGGGCGCGUGGAGGCGAUCGGUCGCGCCAAAAUCAACUGUACUGAUCUCUCUAAUAUGAAUUUAAUAUCUCAAG